UUUUGGCAGCAUUCUACGCAUGCGUUCAUCAUCAUCAUCCAAUGACUUUCUUCGCUAGUCUUCGACACGGGUUCUUACCGGUACCAGCAGACGGUCGUAUUGACACUAGAGCGUUUUUGGAUGCUGCAAGAGAAAUCGUGCCUUUCUUCGACGUGUUGGGUCCUACAGCAUUUGCUCCAGUCAAAUCUGAUAUCAAUGGAAACAUCAAGAAACUACAAAAGAAACAUGACGAAGAUGCGGCCAAAUACACAACACUUCAAGGCAUUGUUGAAUCAGAGAUGGAAGAAGGAACAACAAAGGCUAAAAACUCGGCAACAGAUGCAUUGCUGUGGUUGAAGAGAGCUCUGCAGUUUAUAUGUGUGUUUCUUGAGAAAGUUCUUGAUGGAGAGGAAGACUUGACAAAGUGUGCGAGAGCAGCAUAUGAGGCGUCAUUGAAGAGAUUUCAUGGUUGGAUUGUACGAGGGGUGUUUGCGCUUGCUGUCCGUGCUGUUCCAUAUCGUAAGGAUUUUAUCAAAGCUCUUCAACAUGGUACAGAUGUUGGUGAAGAGGCCGUGUUGUUUGAGAUGAGAGAACAUAUGUCUGUCUUGUCUGCUAAUGUUGAAGUCUUGAGCAAGUUUUACAUUGAUAAAGGUCAAGACAGUGAUAAGACAGUCUGAAAUCACACAAUGAAAUACUUUAGGUGAAUGCAAACAGUGUUUUUUUAUUGAGUUUAAAAUACUUUAAUUGGUCACUUGAACUUGAUGUACAUGCAUGUGCACACUGCAGGUAGAUUACGUUUGGUUUGUAAAUGUGAAUUUGCAAGUAUUUUCCAAAAUACCAGCAAUAUGUGACUUUA